UUGUUGUUUAAGGCCGAAUCAAUGAGUUCCACGUCGGAUGCUCCUUCCGCCACCUCUUCGGCCGCCAACGUGGCCGGAAAUUUCAUAGGAAGCAAGCCGUCCACAGUGCUGUUCUUCAUCGCGCUGUGCGUGGGCGUCAUCAUUGCCGUUCUAUUUAUAUUCUUCACCUUCAGAUACCUUGUGCGGUCUCGCUUUGGGCUCUACAGCUCGGCGCCGCAGUUUGCCCGCAAUCCGUUCUACAUGGGCCCCACGGGGCGCGCGUCCAUGAACGGCCUCCAGCCGUACUUUGAACACGACAUCGCCCUCAACCUCGUGGGCCACCGCCAUCUGCACGGGUACCGUCCCCAUCGCCGCGAGGGGUACUCGCGGAAGCGCAAGCUGACGCAGGAGGAGGUCGACGAUCUGUUCCCGCUGAAAACGUACGCCAAGUGGCUCAACGGCGGCCAGGAGGACGUCAUCAACAGGAACGAGGGCGUCCUGGUGUACGAGGAGGACGCGGGACAUCAGAACACUCCUGAGGAGCACGACGACUUUCAGGACGCACGUUCCUCGCCGCCAGAGGAGGUCGAUCUGGCCGACCAGAACAAAACCGACAACAUCGAGCUCAGCGAAACGGUUCCUGCUACAGCCUCGUCUGCCGACGCCGCACAGGACCUCCACUUCACCUCCGGCAUGUGCGCAAUCUGUCUGGACAACCUGCUCGACGACGACGAAGUCCGUGGCCUGAUCUGCGGCCACGUGUUCCACGCCGACUGCGUGGACCCCUGGCUAACCAAUCGGCGCGGCUGCUGUCCGAUGUGCAAGCGUGACUUUUUCAUGCGCGACCAGGCCCGCUCGCGCCACACCAACGAGGCCCAGGGCGACCGCAGUCUCGACAGCAUCUUCAACAACGCGGAGUCCGUGAGCGACCUGUUCUUCCCGCGUUCCACCAAGUUCAAGGCCCAGACGCUGCUGGCUUCGUUGCAGCUCGUGCGCAAUGGCGAGUACUCGUCUGAGGGCCAGACGUCGGCGGCAACGGCGCCGCCUACUGGCCCGGUCGAGGAGGUCACUCCGAUGCACAACAGCGACUUCAGCCGACCACCGAUGCCGGAGCUGCGCUCGCUGCAGUCGUCCAUCAUGGAGAUCAUCAACGAGAGACCGUUCCAUCCAGAUGACCUGCGCGACAUCGACACGCUUGCGUUCCAGACCGUCAACGACAAGUUCACGAUGGUGUCGGCGAUUUUCUGGCGCAUCAUGGGCAUCCGCAAAGAGGACCUGUACUACCACUACGUGCUGGUGUUCUACGAGCGCAACCGCAGCUCGCGGCUCAGCUCGCGGCCCGGAGGCGAGCCCGAGCAGCCGCGGCAGCCUGAACACAUGGUGUGACUACCAUACUCUAUUCAUUUCUGUUCCAUUAUCUAAUUAAACGUGCGAUCACUCAUUCACUGACAAUUUUUCAGUUCCAGCCACCAGCUGGUCCUCGUCAUCCUCCACUGGCAGCACGUUGAAAGACGACUGUUUUGGACCGUCUAUCUUGGCCUUCUGCUUGGUCUCUGACUCCUUCUGCUCCCGUGGCUUGCGCUCCUUGUUCAGUGCAGAGCCACGCAGGUUUUCCCAGUCCAUGUCAGGCUCUGGCUUCUUUGGCUUGCUGCGCAAAGUGCCCUCGCUUCUCUUGCGAACGGCCUCUGCCACGCUGUCUCUGGCGGCGCUCCAAUCCGGCUCUGGCGCGCGCUCUCUUCUAGGUGCACGCUCUGCACGCUCUGCACGCUCCACACGCAAGGGCUCGCCGCUCCUGAUGGCGCCCCAGUCCGGCUCCGGCCCACGUGCCCGUGGCUCUCUGCGAGGUCCCAGCCGCUCGCGCCGAGGCUCGGGAACAGCAGCGCCCUCUCUGACGGCAGUCCAGUCAGGCUCUGGCGCCGCCUCUCUGCGGGACGGCAACCGUUCUCUCCGGCCCUCCCGCACCGCAGGCGCGCUUCUAACAGCCCCCCAAUCAGGCUCUGGCGCCCGGUCUCGCAUUCUGUCGCCUCUGAAGUCUCCCCCGCGCUGCUCGCUGCGCGGGCCGUCCCGCAUCGUGCCCCAGUCGAUGUCACCACGUGACUGGCGGCCACCACGGCCCCCAAACGGUUCCUUCGUGGGAGCAGCCACGCUGACGUACGCAACACGGCCGCCCAGGUUCUGUCCCGAUAGUUUUAAUGCCUCUUCCAAUGUUUUCCUAUUCUUGAACGUAAUGAAAGCAAAUCCUCUGAGUGCCCCCGUGUGCUGGUCCUUCGGAGCGUAGAAAUCAACAAUCUCGCUAAACGGAUCCUCAAUGCGCAAAUUGUCCGCAAAAAACGCCUGAAUCUCAUCCUCCUGCGCGUCUCUCGGCAGGUUGCUCACUCUCGCAGUGUAUGGCGCACGGUCCGGGAUCGGAUACUCGGCUCUUUCGUAGUCCCUGUCGUUUCCUCCGCUUCUGCUUCCUGACGGCUUGCCGCUGACGGGCACCUCCAGCGUGUUCAUGUCGAACUCCUCGUCCGCCCACGAGCCGCCAAAGCUCUCGUCCGCCAGGAACGAGCCCAGGUCCAUCUUAACUUUG